AUGUCGAGUCGGAAGCCGUCGUCCCGCACUCCAAGUCAAACCCAAGUGUCGACCAGUAGCAAAACGCGGAUUAAGGCCAAGCGCCGCUAUCUGCUGAAAGUGACGCCAAUUGAGGCGUGGGACCUGCUGCCCACCGAGUCCAUUCGAGGGCGGAACUCGUACUGCACACUUGUGCUGCUGGACGAGCACAAGCGCGAGAUCAAGGGCGAGAAGCAGCGCACCCCGUCCAUGCGACAGGCCAAUCCGGUCUGGAGUCCCCUGAAAGCCGCUGUGCUGCGAUCGCUCGAGAGCAACGUCGAGAGUCACCAGCCGCUGGGCAUUGGCGCAGCGGCGGCGUCGGAAGAGUACACGUUUGGCAUCCAGACGAACCUCGUGAACGCCAAGUACGUGCUCGUGAAAUGCAAAGACAAGGGACGUGUCGAGAGCGAGGACUUGGGCCGCUUGUUGCUCAGUCUCGAAGACAUGAACACGAGCGGUGAAGAGCGUGUCGCGUGGUACGACUUGCAGUUGCGUCCCGGUGGCAAAAUGAAGCGCGUGCAGGGCAAAGUGCGGAUCUCGAGUCGCAUUGUGCGCGAGCCGAGUUUGUGGCAGCUGUGGACAUGUGCGGAGCAGAUGAGGCAGGAAAUACCCGCACGGGAUCGCAGUUUGUACUUGAAACCGCACCCGAAUGUUAUCACGGGCAAAGAGGCGCUCGAGUGGAUGCUGUGCCAUGGACUGAAUCGUCCAAUGCGUGGCGGCGUGACGUGUUCGACUGCUGAAGAAGCUUUGUUGCUUGGUACAGCGCUCAUUCGUAAUGGGAUCAUGAUGCACGUGUCUGGAGACCGGAGGUUCACGAACAGCACGUGGAAGUACUACCGCUUUAUGGUAACCCAUUUGGACGCAGCUGUUCAGACGGAAGCUGUUCGACAGCGUGAUAUGAUUCUCUCAGGCGAAGCAGAAGAAGUGGAAGAUACGGAAGAAGAAGUGCUGACUCGUUCUAUGAUGGCCAUGUCCGUCUGCAAUGAGGAGGAAAAUGGGUUGGGUGGGUCUCAAGUGCCGGACGAUGUUAGUGGCGGAGCAGGAGCCACAGUAUCGGCACCGGCCGUAGACUCUGACAAAGGCAAGUCCAAGUCAACGAUCAAGAUUGAAGACUUUGAGCUGCUCAAGGUUCUCGGCACUGGCACAUACGGUCGUGUGUUGUCUGCACGUGGCCCCGAUGGAAAUGUCUACGCCAUCAAGAUCAUCACAAAGAUUGGCAUGGACAAGAACAUGCGUCGCAACGCAAAGCUUGAGCGGGACAUGCUGCGUGAAGUUCGCCAUCCUUUCGUGGCGUCUUUGUUGUUUGCUUUCCAGAACGAAGAUAAGGUGUACAUGGGCAUGGAGUUCUAUAACGGUGGCGACUUGCGCCAUCACUUGGCGAUGAACCAAAACGACGAGCUGAAGCUUACGCCUGGACGUAUUGUAUUUUACGCGGCAGAGUUGGUGGCAGGCCUGGCGCACCUGCACAGUCUAGACAUUAUCUAUCGCGACCUCAAGCCUGAAAAUGUUCUCAUCCAGAAGGACGGUCACAUCGUGCUUGUGGACUUUGGUCUUUCGACGUAUGCGAAGGAUGAGGAUGACCAGAAAGCUCACUCACUUGCUGGCUCGCCGGAGUACAUUUCGCCUGAGGUCCUCGCUGCUGCGAACCCGAAGAAGGGCGAAGCUCUUGCCGUUUACGACACGACUUGCGACUGGUGGAGUCUGGGAAUUCUCAUCUUUGAAAUGUACGUCGGACGUACACCUUUCAAGGACGAUAACACUGCGAUCAUGUACCGCAAUAUUGCUGAAGGGUUUUUGUACAUUCCGCCCGAAUUACCUGAGGACGUACGGUCACUACUUGCGGGUCUAAUUGAGCGCGAUCCGUCACGGCGGCUUGGAGCGAACGAGGCCGUACCGUUUUCUAUCAUGAUGCAUCCAUUCUUCAAUGGCAUUGACUGGGAAGCUCUGCAGCAGAAGAAAGUGCAGCCAGAGUGGGUGCCGGACGUGAUCGAUGAUGCGGACGCCAAGUACGUGGACAAUGAGUUCAUUAACCAGGUACCGGUGGAUACGCCCGAGUGGCGCAUGCUCGAUUCGGUGGACCGCGAGCAGGAGUACUUUGCAGACUUUACGUAUCGCGCGACGAAAGUCAUUCAAAAGUGA